AUGGGUCUAAUAUUAGCAUUUGCCGUCAUCCUUCUGUCGACAUGCUGGUUCCUCUGGUAUUCUCGAAAGGCAGUGUUUGAUCGUCUGCCUCCAGGGCCGAGACCAUUGCCGUUUCUUAAAAGUCGCCAGGAGCUUCGUCAAACUCGACAAUGGGAGGCUUUAGACGACCUCCACCGUCAAUACGGACCUCUGGUGGGAAUGACCUGGGGGGGACGGCCAGCAGUCUUGAUCGGGAAACGCGAGAUUGCCAAAGACCUCUUCGGAAAGCGCGGCAGUAUCUACAGCUCCCGGGCUCGCCUUGUAAUGGGGCUGGACAUUAUGACCGGCGGGGACCAUGUGUUUUUUCUUCCAUACGGACCCAAGUGGAAGAAGCUGAGCCGGAUCCAAGCCACGUUCCUCAAUCGCCCUGCCGUCAAACACUACCGUCCUCUGCAGGAGCUGGAAAGCUUGCACACCCUCCAGGACCUGCUGCACAGCGAUGAUUACGAGGCCUGCUUUUCGCGCUUCCAGGCCAGCCUGACCCAUGCCCUUGCCUAUGGGACGCGGUUACACAGUGCCACCGACCCACAACUGACGGAACUGGAGAAUAUCGCCCGGACUUUCAUCUCCGCCGCAACGAACAGCCACUGGAUGGUGGAUUCGUUCCCGAUCCUCAAGUAUGUUCCGGCUUGCUUGGCGCCCUGGAAGCGAUUCGGUCAGCAGAUUCAUGCGCAGACCGUCAGCCUUUUCCAAGGGAAGAUGGCCGUCGCCGAACACACCCGGUCGUGGAACUGGGUCAAGCACAUCCGCGCGCUCAAGCACACCAGUGGAGUGACAGAUCAUGAAAUGGUCUACGUGAUCGGGAGCAUCUACCAGGCUGGCGUGGGGAUCAUCACCGCCACCCUCCGGCUCUUCAUCAUGGCCUGUGUCUUGCACCCCGAAGCGGUCAAGGCUGCCCAGGACGAGCUGGAUCGGGUGGUUGGCAGCGAUCGACUCCCGACUCUGAAUGAUCUGGGCCAUCUCCCUUACGUCGAAGCAUUUGUGAAAGAGGUGCUUCGGUGGCGCCCACUCGUCCUGGCCGCGACGCACUCGGUGACGCAGGACGACGACUAUCGGGGCUAUCGAAUUCCCCGUCACGCGGUCAUUCUGUCCAACCAGUGGGCGAUGGAUAUGGAUCGGGAGGUGUGGGACUCGCCCGAGCAAUUCCGACCAGACCGAUGGAUGUCCGACAGGAAGAGAAUGCCCAGCGCUUUUGGAUUGGGGCAGCGCAUGUGCGCCGGCCAGUACAUGGCGAUGGAGUCCUUGUUGAUCAUGGCGUCGAGGAUGCUCUGGGCGUUCACUUUUGAACAUGCAUGGGAGGGGGGCAAGCGAGUCGAGAUCGACUCCUGGGCCUUCCAUGAGGAGAGUCUUUUCCUGGUGCCGAAGCCGUAUCGGGCGAGAAUCCAGCCCCGAGAUCCGCAUCGGUUGCAUGUCAUCCAGUCGACCUGGCAGGCCGCUGAAAAGGACAUCGAUCCUCUGCUCGAUCAGAUCGGACGAGAAAUCCACACGGCCUCCGCAUAA